GAAAGCCAAGCCCAUCAGAAGCGGAGACAGAGACAGACCAGUGAGGGCCGGGGAAGGAUGCAGUAUUCAUGGGAUUGCUGUGGAUUCUCUCGUUCCUCCAUUCGACCUUCUUUGGGGAUGAGUCGAUGGAGGAGCUGAAGAUGUCUGGAUCGGUGACGUCCUACGACCAAUUGGUCAGGCAGGUCGAGGCGCUGAAAAAGGAGAACACCCACCUCCGCAGGGAACUGGAGGACAACUCCAAUCACCUCUCCAAACUGGAAAAUGAGACUUCAGAUAUGAAGGAAGUCCUGAAGCACUUACAGGGCAAACUGGAGCAGGAAGCCAAAGUGAUGGUGUCUUCGGGGCAGAUGGAGGUUCUGGAGCAGCUCAAAGCUCUGCAGAUGGACAUCACCAGCUUGUACAGCCUGAAGUUCCAGCUGCCGGCCUUCGACCCUGAAGAGGCGGGGUGCCCGGGACAGAGCACUGAGGACAGCCCCACCCACUCGGCCACGCUCCAAAGGAAAGGGAGCCUCGGAGACUUGAGCCGGGCCACCCUCCGGCUCCUGGAGGAGCUGGACCGAGAGAGGUGCUUUCUGCUGAGCGAGAUUGAGAAGGAGGAAAAAGAGAAGCUGUGGUAUUACACGCAGCUCCAGAGCCUCUCCAAACGGCUGGAUGAGCUCCCACAAGUGGAGACGUUCUCUAUGCAGAUGGACCUGAUCCGGCAGCAGCUGGAAUUCGAAGCGCAGCACAUCCGCACGCUGAUGGAGGAGCGUUUCGGGACGACAGAUGAGAUGGUGCAGAGAGCACAGAUCCGAGCAUCUCGGCUGGAACAGAUCGACAAGGAGUUGAUGGAAGCCCAGGAUAAGGUGCAGCAGGCAGAGCCCCAGCUCUGUGGGAAGCUCCCCAGUGUGGAAGGGGACGGAAGCCUCGACGUGCCCACCCAUCCCGACGAGGGGGGCGCUCACCCGCGCAGCAACAAGGUGGAGGUGGUCUUCUGGCUGCUGUCCAUGCUGGCCACCCGGGACAAAGAGGAGAUGUCCCGCACCCUUCUGGCCAUGUCGAGUUCCCAGGAGAGCUGCCUGGCCAUGAGGAAAUCGGGCUGCCUGCCACUGCUCAUCCAGAUCCUUCACGACGCAGACCGGGAACCGGGGACAUCGGAGAGCCCCAGCGGCCACGGAGGAGCGGGGAAAGACUGCCGCAUGCGGGCCAACGCUGCCCUCCACAACAUCAUCUUCUCCCAGCCCGACGAGGGGCAAGCCAAGAAGGAGAUGCGGGUGUUGCAUGUCUUGGAACAAAUCCGCUCCUACACGGAGACCUGCUGGGACUGGCUCAAAAUGCACCACGAGGAAGGGGAAAAGACCCCCAAGGGGGGCGCAGGUCCUGUCCCCAUUGAGCCGCAGAUCUGCCAAGCGACUUGUGCCAUCAUGAAGCUCUCAUUCGAUGAGGAGUACCGCCGUGCCAUGAACGAGCUGGGUGGGCUACAGGCCAUCGCAGAGCUGCUGCAGGUCGACUACGAGAUGCACAAACUGACGAGUGACCCUCUGAACCUGGCCCUGAGACGCUAUGGCGGCAUGGUGCUGACCAAUCUCAGCUUCGGAGACGUGGUCAACAAGGCCACCUUGUGCUCCCGCAGGAGAUGCAUGCAAGCGAUUGUGGCGCAACUGGCGGCCGACAACGAAGAGCUGCACCAGGUGGUCUCCAGCAUCCUACGUAAUCUCUCCUGGCGAGCCGACAUGAACAGCAAGAAAGUCUUGAGGGAGGUGGGCAGCGUGACAGCUCUUGUGCAGUGUGCCUUGCGGGCCACCAAGGAAUCCACCCUGAAGAGCGUGCUGAGCGCCCUGUGGAACCUGUCGGCUCACAGCACGGAGAACAAAGCAGCCAUCUGCGUGGUGGAGGGGGCCCUCGGCUUCCUCGUAAGCACACUCACCUACAAGUGCCAGAGCAACUCACUCGCCAUCAUUGAGAGCGGAGGGGGAAUCCUGAGGAACGUUUCCAGCCUCAUCGCCACCAGAGAAGACUACCGGCAAGUCCUGCGGGAUCACAACUGCCUUCAGACCUUGUUGCAACACCUCAAAUCCCACAGCCUGACCAUCGUCAGCAACGCCUGCGGAACUCUCUGGAACCUCUCCGCCCGCAGCUCCAAAGACCAGGAGCUGCUGUGGGACCUGGGGGCGGUCAGCAUGCUCCGGAACCUGGUUCACUCCAAGCACAAGAUGAUAGCCAUGGGGAGCGCAGCCGCCCUCAGGAACCUCCUCACCAAUCGGCCCCUCAAAUACAAAGACGCCAUGGUUGUCUCCCCUGGGUCCUGCAUGCCCUCGCUUUACAUGAGGAAGCAGAAAGCUCUGGAGGCUGAGUUGGAUGCCAAGCACUUGGCAGAGACCUUUGAUACCAUGGAGAAGCAAACUUCGAAAGGCCAGAGUGCCAAGAAACCUCCCAUGAGGCACAUGGACAGCUUGGUGAAGGACUACGCUUCUGACUCGGGGUGCUUUGAUGACGACGAGGUGCCCAAUGUGUCCAGCAGCACAGAGGUGGGCAGUGGCUCGGUCCUCUCCAUGUUCCUCAACUCCACCUUCCUUCAGGGUCAGGCCCUCCCCAGAGCCAUCGCCCAACGGAGAUGUCCCGAACCAGAGAAAGAUGAGAGCGGCAAGCCCUCAGAAGCCAGCAAGGCACCUCCCCUACUUCUGCCCCCAGACAACAAAGUCUCUAUGGUGGCGGCCAAGCUGGCGAACAAGAUCUCCACCACUGUAGCCAAGAUAGACAAGCUGGUGGAAGACAUCUCCACCCUCCAUACUUCUUCUGACGACAGCUUCAGCCUCAGCUCUGAGGACCACUGCCUCGACUGGCAGUAUGGCCCCGAGGAAGCCCACGAAGCCCGAGCACAGUCUUGCUCCCCAUGCCGCCUCUCAGAGGCCAGCGGGUUUGCCAAGCGGGAAGGCCUGAGCCGGGCUCACACCCUCCUGCGGCUGAAGACGGCCUACACCAGCCUGUCCAAUGACAGCCUCAACAGUGGCAGCACCAGUGAUGGUUACUGCACAAAGGAACACAUGAGACCAUGCACCAGAACGACUUUCUUAGAUUUCAAAGACGAGCUGCACCGAUAUCAGAAGCGGCCCAGCCGCCUCGACCUGAAGAACAUUUUGGUCAACCGGCCUGAGAAGAUGGAAAUGCUGGAGAAGAAACAUCAAGAGCCCGGGGAAGUGGCAGAGAAACUGGAACCUCCUGAAAAGGCCACAAAAGUGACAGUCGUCCCCAGCCCCGCUGCUGCAGAGAAGGAAUCGGAAUAUAAGGAUGCAAACAAGAAGAUAGCUGUUGACCCUCAGGUCCACACAAUUAAACUCUCUCCAUCCUAUCAGCACAUUCCCCUCGUGGAGAAUGCAGAUGGUAGCGACCCCGCAUUUGGGCCUGUGGGGUUGUCGGGAGCCUGCCCGGGCUAUCCAGCUGUGUCAGCCCAGAAGCAAGAUUGGUUGUCUUCCAGGCUCAUGCAACCCCCAGAAAAUCUUAACAAGAUCCCAGAGAAGUUGUCGGCACUAGCACCAACCGAACACGAGCAACUGCAGAAGUACUCGGUAGAGGAUACGCCGAUCUGCUUCUCCCGCUGCAGCUCCCUCUCUUCCCUUUCUUUGGCCGACAACAUGUUGGAUGGACGCAGCCACAGCGAGAAUGAGAUGGAUAGUGACUCCUCGCUCGAGAUCAUUGAAGUAGAAGAGGUAGCUGAGGCGGAGGAAGCCCACAAGGUGGAGCCAGAGAAGACCAAAAUGGAGGUGGAAGCCCACCCGCACAUCUCGCAGCCCAUUGCUAUUCCCUUCCCCCAAAAGGAGAAAAUAUUUCUUAGGGGAGUCUCACCAGCCCGGCAUGAGGACCUCACCCCCUCCAGUUCCUCCGAGAAUUACAUCCAGGAGACCCCGUUGGUGAUGAGCCGAUGCAGUUCCGUCAGCUCACUGGGCAGUUUCGAGAGCCCCUCCAUCGCCAGUUCCAUUCAGAGCGAGCCCUGCAGCGAGAUGAUCAGCGGCACCAUCAGUCCUAGCGAGCUGCCAGACAGUCCUGGUCAAACGAUGCCUCCCAGUCGCAGCAAAACUCCCCUGUUUGAAAUGAGUGGUCAGCCAGAGAAAGAGACCAGCCAGUUCAAUAUCCAGUGGGAAAACAACGUCAAGAAAUUCAUGGAGAUCACUGACUUCAAGGAGCGUUUCCAAAUGCCCCAAGACCUUGACUCCAUGGUCUACUUUACUGUGGAGAAGCCCAAUGAGAACUUCUCAUGCGCCUCCAGCUUGAGCGCGCUGCCUCUCCACGAACACUAUGUCCAGAAGGAUGUCGAGCUGAAACUCAUUCCCCCAUUCCCAGAGAGGAAUGGCUUGAACUUUGUGGCACAUGAAGAAGAGAGGGACAAUGAGAACCAGGGGAAGCCAGAGAGGUUGGAACUGACCUCUGACGAAGAUAUUGAGAUCCUGAAGGAAUGCAUCAGUUCAGCCAUGCCAUCCCGUUUCCGGAAGGUUCGGACAUCCCUCGUCUCUGGCUUCCCAGGCCAGGUUUUGAACCCUCAGUCUAAGAAGCCAGUGCACGUGCCAGUCUACAUGUUGGUCCCUGCCAAUCCUCACUUGGGCAUCCCUAAGCAACGACAGGCCACGGCCACCAGAAACAACAAAGAGUACAUUGGAGAUGAGGAUUCCUUCACCGACUCGGCGGAAGGAACCCCCGUCAACUUCUCCAGUGCCGCUUCCCUUAGUGACGAGACCCUCCAGUACCCAAUGAAGGAGGAAGGAGACUCAAAACACUGCCCUGGGAAAAAGAAGGAGGUGAUACGAUUGCAAGAAACUGGACACAAGAUUGAAGGGCUGCAGCAGGGGCAAGGAAUCAUGCGCACCGGCAGGAUCACGUCCAGCCACUCCACUCCAACCAAGAUGGUUUCCUCCAGCAAGCACAGAACUGGUUCUAACCACACGAGCCCACUUCAUGCAGGCAGAGCCCGAUCUGCUGAGACCAAGAGAGCACAGCUCCCUCUCAAAAACCUCGAGCUGACCCUGAUGAGGCAAGGCAGCAUGGGAGCCAGUUCCGAAGGCAGCUGUUCCCGGAAGGAGGCCCUCCGGGAGAAUGGGAGCCGCGGCAACGACCAGGUCUUCCAAUCCCUGUGUCACACCACCCCGACGGAGGAGGCUGUCUAUUGCUUCUAUGAAAAUGAUUCCGAUGAUCUGACAGAGCUAGCUAUGAAAAGUUCACCCAAGAGGAAGACUGGCCCAGCUGGAAAGCUCCAAAGAAAAGAAUGUUGGACCAAGAAGGAGCCUGACCUCACCACCAAACAUGCCAAAACCAAAAUGGCCACCAAGCUCCACAGUAACCUCAUUGAAGACGAAACACCGCCGUGCUAUUCUCUCAGCUCUUCCCUGAGUUCCCUGAGUGACCUGGAGCUCUAUGACCAUGAAGAAAGGACUCAACUCUAUAGCAGAACCAACCGCCAGCUGGCCUUGAGCCGGAGACACGAGGUGGCCUCAGCCUUGUCCAAACAGAGGGAUAGCUCAGCCAGUUCCCUCAGCUAUAAAUCAGAUGAUGACCUGCUGCUGAAAUGCAUUGGCUCAACCAUGCCAAAGAGGAGACGCCACUCGGCAAGAAGAAGGAACGCUGAGAAGGAUCGUAAGGUGUCCGGCCUCAAGGAGCGGAAGCCCAAAGACACACCAGAUGAAGAUGCCUCUGAAAAGGGAUCCGAUCUGGACAGCGUGGACUGGAAAGCCAUCCAGGAAGGGGCCAACUCUAUUGUGACCUGGCUGCACCAGGCUGCCUCUUCCUUCACCAGGGAGCCUUCCUCGGAAUCAGACUCCAUCCUUUCCUUCAUGUCUGGUCUCUCUGUUGGCUCCACUUUGCAAAUGUCCCUGGACAGGAAGGAGAAGAAGAGAAUCAGAAAGGUCCCUGGGGGUCAUGUAGAGAAAAAAGACCAGCCAAAAGCCUUCCAGGAGAGCAAGAAGAUGAUGGAUACCAGAGCAAUUGGCAGCAGGAACAGCAGAGUGGAGAAGAACUCAGGGCAGCAGAAGCCCAUGACCAACUUGCCAGUGGUCUUCCGAGGCCGGACGGUGAUCUACAUGCCCAACACUGCUAAAGAUUCACAGAGCCCCAGGUCCACCCCAAGGAAAACAGGAUCUCCCACCAAGCAGGAGGGCCCUGCAAAGAACUUCAGUUUGAAUCAGCAGAGGUCACGAAGUCUCCACCGGCCUGGGAAGAUAUCAGAAAUGGCAGAUCUUACAUUGCCCAAGAGAAGCGCCACCCCACCAGCUCGUAUCACCAAAACUCCUUCGUCUGGGUCGUCCAGAACGUCCACACCUUCCCAGCCCACCCAGAAGAAGCUAACGUCGCCUUCGCAGCUCAACAAACAGAUGCCAUCUCGUGAGGCUGGGAAAGCAGGUGGAAGUGCCACUCCCGGCCCCAACUCAAAACUGGUUCAGAAGUCACCGGUAUCCAAACAACACAAGACUCAGAAAUCACCCGUCCGUAUCCCCUUCAUGCAGAAGCCCAGCAAGAAGAUUCUACCUGCCAGGAGCACCAUGUCUGUGCUUGAGGAGCAGGUGGGAAGAGAGGAUGGCCAUGAGCCAAAACCAAAGGCCAACAGGAAAGAGGUCCUUCAGACCAGCCGCCUGAACUUGGUGCGCAUGUCUUCAGCGAGAUCCGUCAGCAGCGAGUCAGACCGCACGGGUUUCCUGAGGCAGCUGACGUUUAUCAAGGAGUCGUCCAGCCUCCUCAUGAGGCACCGUGCCGAGCUUUCUUCCUCAGAGCCCACACCCUCACUCUCUCAGGGUGCUUCACCCCGAAGAAGCAGGCUUGGCUUGCCGACAGUCUUCCUCUGUUCUUCCAGGUGUGACGAGCUCAAGGUGAACAAGCCAGCAGGGCCAAGCCAAAGGCCAGUCAUCUCUCGGGUGCCUCUUCCAAGUCACAAGGCCUCCUCAGGGGGCAGGCCUCCAAGACGAACCAGUUCAGAGAGCCCCUCCCGGCUUCCAGUGAAAACCAAUAACCUUCCACCCGAGCCAUUUAAACGUUAUUCCUCAUCUCCUCAGAUCAACAUUAUCAAGCGGGCCGGGAGCCCUGCCUCCACCAGCUCCUCCUCUUGCCCUGAGUCAUUGAGUGAGAAGAAGAAGAAUGAGGAGCCCUCAAAACUGCCGGUGAUUCCUCCUGUGGUGACUCAAGAGAAACGGCCAGAAGAGCAGCAACCAUUGACAAUGAAAGGCACUUGGAAGAGAAUUCGAGAUGAAGACAUCCCCCAUAUCCUGAAGAGCACCCUUCCCUCCACAGCCCUGCCAUUGGUCAGCACCUUGGAGGAAGAAGAGACCCAACAGGCCCAAACUGCUCUCCAGAGGAAGACCAGCGACGCUGUUGUGCAGACAGAAGACUUCUCCACCUCCAAGACCAACUCUAGUACCUCCCCGACACUAGAGAUACAAGAGAUGCUGAAAAUCGCCCAGGAUAGCGGCGAGGAGGAAGGUUUUGGCCUGAGCAAGGCUACUGCAGCGCCCAUCUCCUUUGCUCAUGAAGGGUCCACCAGCUCUCUCGGGAACUUCCCACCCAGCAGGCACGGUUCCCCCAGCCGAGCUGCUCGGGUGACCCCUUUCAACUACAUCCCCAGCCCAAUGGCGGUGCCAACGGUGAGCGACAAAGAGCUGGAGAAGAUGCAAGCUUAAGAUGCCCCUGGGUCGCAGGG